AUGUUGUCGGGCCAGGGAGCGGGAGACAAGAAGAGUUUUUGGGACUCUCUGGAUGAACUUGUGAGGAGUUGCCCUGUUGACCAACGACUAGUGUUAGGAGGAGACUUAAACGGGCAUAUAGGAGUAGAGUCAGACGGCUACGCGGGUGUACACGGGGGAUUAGGAGAUGAGGGUCGCACGAUAUUGGAGUUUGCUACUGCACACGAUCUGGUUAUUGUAAACUCGUUUUUCCAAAAGAGGGAUUCCCAGCUGAUUACCUUUCAGAGUGGCAUAAAUAAGACUCAAGUCGACUACUUCUUGGUGCGUAAAGGCGAUUUUAGGGCUUGCAAAGAUUGCAAGGUACUCCCGAGAGAGGCGAGUUACUCCCAACAUAGACUGUUGGUAAUAGAUUUGCUUCUGAGUAGAAGAGCAAUGAAGACAGAGAAGGCUGUAAAGCCAAGAAUCCUCUGGAAAUACCUGAUGGGUGAAGCAGCAGAGACGUUUAGGUCGACGACUAGCUCGAGGUUCACAAGGGAGAUAAAGGACGGUUCGCAUAUGGGAGCCGACGAGUUAUGGACACUUUUGGCAGAGGGUAUGAGGGAGACGGCAAAGGAGGUUCUAGGGGUAACUAGAGGAACUGGACGACAACGGAGAGUGGGUAGGGAAUCUUGGUGGAUUAGUGAAGAGGUCCAAUCCAAGGUCGCGGCAAAACUUAGUUGCUUUAAGGAUCUUGUCAAAAGCCGCCAGAACGGGACAAAUGAAGACUGGUCUUUGGCUAGGCAGAGGUACUAUGAAGCCAAGAAAGAAGCAAAGAGGAUUGUUGUUAUAGCAAAAGAAAGAGCGUACGAAGAAUUGUACAAGAAACUAGAUUCCAAAGAAGGCGAAAGCGAAAUCUUCAGAAUCGCUAAAGCAAGGGAGAAAAGACGUAGGGAUUUAGGAGAUGUCAUUUAUAUCAAAGACGAAAGUGGGCGGUGCAUUGUGAAGGAGGGAGACAUUAGGAAAAGAUGGGAAGAGUACUUCGCCAACCUGUUUAAUGGGAGAGGGUCGGGGAGAGUUCAAGGAGGAGAAGACCUCACCGCACACUCAAACACACGCUACGACAACGAUGAUGCUACGAGGAUCAGCCAAGAAGAAGUAAGGGUCGCCCUAAAGAAGAUGGGGAGAAACAAAGCAGUAGGUCCAGACCAAAUUCCGGUUGAGGCAUGGAGAUGCCUGGGGGACGUGGGGAUAAGCUUGCUGACAAGCCUCUUCAACAAGAUUUGGACGAGGGCAAAAAUGCCAGAAGAAUGGAGACUUAGUGAGGUUAUACCUAUCUAUAAGAACAAGGGGGAUGUGCAGAGUUGUAGCAAUUAUAGGGGCAUUAAACUCCUAAGUCAUACCAUCAAGCUCUGGGAGAGAGUGAUCGAGUCGAGGCUCAGAAGAGUGAUCGAGUCGAGGCUCAAAAGAGUUACGAAGGUGGCAGAGAACCAAUUUGGGUUUAUGCCAGGGAGGUCGUCGAUGGAGGCUAUCCAUAUCACCAGAAGCCUUAUGGAAAAGUAUAGGGAAAGACAAAAAGCGUUACAUUGUGCCUUCCUAGAUUUGGAUAAGGCGUACGAUAGUGUACCACGAGAGCUGAUUUGGAGGACGCUCCAAGCGAAAGGAGUUACUGGGAGAUACAUUAGUGUGAUCAGGGAUAUGUACGAUAGGGCGAGGACCGGUGUUCGAACAGGAGGAACUACCGUGGUGCUCAGCGCUUAG